CUCCACACACACACACUCACAGCUACACCACAGAUACGUCACACAUCGGGAAUGCAGUGAGGAGCUGCCGCCGCUGCUGCUAAAGGCCUCAGGAUCCGUCACAAAGUAGGUUAACGACGCUAAACCUCAAAGAAAGUUUUCUCGGGACAACUUUCCGUGACCUUUUAACGUGUAAACGGACGGAUGAGACUGAAGGGAAGAGGAGCGAAACUGUAAAGGUACUGUAAAAGCCCGCUAUGUCCGGUCCCACCUGGCUUCCACCAAGGACUCUGGAUAGCCCAGAGCGAGCCGUCCCCCAGAUGUCCCACUCUGCUGGGUCUGCGAUCUACCGAGCCCCCAACAAGAAGGGGAUGUCCGACUUCCGGCCAAAGUACGGCCCCUAUGACCAGAACGGAGGAGGAGGAGGAGGAGGUGGAGGUGGAGGAGGAGGGAUGGCCAAUAGGUACAUGGCUACUGGACCGACAGGUGGUCCCAUUCAUCAUUCGUCUAGCGAUCACUAUUACUCCCCUCCCCACGUUCCCAAAGAAGAACGCAACUGGAGCCCUCACAUGGACAGUUACGAGUUGAUGCAUCGCGGUCCUGAAAAGCCGGCGAGCUAUCACUCCAAAAUCGACGCCGAUAUCGACUCCCUCACCAGUAUGCUCGCCGAUCUGGACAGCCACCCGCAGGACGCCAGCACACAACUGUACGACAACGUGCCUUACAACAAAUACCUCUCAGGGGAUCAUUACAAACCUGCACACCAGAGUGCUCCUCAGGGUCGGCCAUCCAUGGGCUACCCCCCUCAUCCCCAGAGCCAAUAUCACCCAGCGCCCCCCUACCCUGAGCACCAGUCACCUCAGUACUCCACCUCGCACCAGCAGGACUACUACUCCUCCACCCCGAAGCCCUACCCUCAGCCCGUCCCAGCCUCCUACACCACAGCCUCAACUCCCACCGGUCCCCGCUUCAGCGUCCAGGUCAAGACAGCGCAGCCGGUCACCUACUCUCAGACGGGGAGACAGGCCGAACAGGCGUACACUCCGCCGCCUCCUCGACAGCACGUGUCGCGCCCCCCUCCGCAGACUCAGACAAGUCAGCAGGGCUGGUACCCUCCACAUCAAGCUCAGGAGAUGCACUCUGAUGCGGGGUACAAGGGGAGCGGCUCAGGGUCUGGAGGACGAGUUAACCAGGUUCAGCUGUCCAAGAGAGGGAUGGAAAAUAACCAGGCAGGGUCAGGGGCUGCACAGAGUCCUGCUUAUCAGUCCACCAAGCAGGGGAUAGCAACAACCCGGCCCGAGGAAGAGCUGGAACGACUCACCAAGAAGCUGGUAUAUGAUAUGAACCACCCCCCUUCGGAGGACUAUUUUGGUCGCUGCGCCCGCUGCGGCGACAACGUGGUCGGCGACGGCAGCGGCUGCAUCGCCAUGGAGCAGGUGUUCCACGUGGAGUGUUUCACGUGCAUCACCUGCCACGCCCGUCUCCGAGGGCAACCCUUCUACGCCCUCGACAAGAAGAGUUACUGCGAGAGCUGUUACAUUAGUACAUUAGAGCGCUGUUCAAAGUGCUCCAAGCCCAUCCUGGACCGUAUCCUGCGGGCGAUGGGGAAGGCUUACCACCCUCGCUGUUUCACGUGCGUGGUUUGUAACUGCUGCUUGGACGGGGUGCCCUUCACCGUGGACGCGACCUCUCAGAUCCACUGCAUAGACGACUUUCACAGGAAGUAUGCACCUCGGUGUUCAGUUUGCGGUGAGCCCAUCAUGCCUGAACAGGGUCAAGAGGAGACGGUCAGGAUAGUAGCUCUGGACCGCAGCUUCCAUGUCAACUGUUACAUCUGUGAGGAAUGUGGACUCCUGCUGUCCUCUGAAGGAGAAGGUCGAGGCUGUUACCCACUGGACGGCCACAUCUUGUGCAAGAGCUGCAGCGCUCGCCGCAUCCAGGACCUCUCGGCCAAAAUCUCCACCGACUGCUAACCAAACGGUUGCGUACGUUCUUCGGGGAAUCCACAGACUGUCGACAUGUCGAACGUUACUGAUAGCACAGACAGGAGAAGCUCCAGCUUUUUGUUCAGAGUCGUGAGCUACUCUUUCAUUCUUUUCUUGGUUGCUCUGACAUUAACGUCGCUAUAGUUCCCUCUGUUGGUAUCCAGCUGUAAUUUCAUGUGCGGAGGAACUGAUUAAAAAAAAAGAGAUGGAGCGAACAGGUCACUAGAUUAGGGCUGCAACUAAUGAUUAUCUUCAUUAUCGGUCAAUCGAUGAGUUGUUUGUUCCAUAAAAUGAUGUAAAAUGUUGUGAAGGUGACACCCUCGGAUGUCCACAACCUAAAGAUGUUCAGUUUACUGUCACAGACUGAAGAAAGCAGAAAAUAUUCACAUUCUCAGCUGAAGCCAGAGAAUUCAUUCAUAAAUAAUUACUCAGAACGAUCGCUUAUCAAAACAUUUGCAAUAAUUGUUUGCAGCCCGACUCUCGAUUCAGAAGUCCUGCUGCAUUUUCUGUUUUUUGUUUUUUUUGGUACACAGCUGCUCCAUUUUCCACGUUCGGUUCAGUAUUCGACAGUGGCCUGACCUGCAGGCAGCUUGGGCUCCACUUAACCAUUUAUUCACACCGGUACUGCUCGACUAUUCGCUUGCACAUUUAUUAUUAUCACUGUCAAAGACAAUGAAGGUUUUUGGAAGGAUGUCAUAGAUUUAGAGCUGAAAACGAAAAGCGCAGUUCUUCUCUUUGCAGAGAAGAAGCAUCACGGAUGAUAAUUAGGAUUUACAGCCUGCGCAUCAGAGCGCAGAACUGCCUCAAAACAGGAAUAUUAAAAGCACAUAAUGAAACUGUGACUGUACAUAACGGGGCUGGUUUGGUUUGGGAAGCAUGUAGCCUUUAGUGCAGUGAACCUUUGCAGAGACGUAGCCUCAUAGCACGAGAAAUGUAGACGAAAGGAAUGUGUAGUUAUGACCUAGAUGUUUCCUUCUUUAGCUUUUUAUUGAACGCUAGUACAAUAUUUGCCAGAACGAAUCUCUCAUCCGACACUCAAACGUUACAAUAUCAUGUUUUUUUUUAGUGAUUAAAUCGAAGCUCCUAACAGGAUUUUUGCCAUUUUUUUUUUCUUUUUUAAAUCAUCCAGAUUAACAUUUUUGAAUGUCUACGAAACGCAAUCUUUUUGUUUUUUUGUUAUUCCGUCGUCGUCGUUGUUUAACAUUUGUCGUUUGGUUGAUACUUGACUGUUACAUUGAAGAUGAAGGUGCAAUGAAGUCAAACGCUUUCUUCCGUCUAAGGAAAAACAGGGUGUCGGCCCGUCGCGUCAAGCUUGAGCCUCGUGAAGAAUUUGUACAUGUGCCAUUUAGGAGGUGGAAAAGUUGUGACAUUAAAAUUAUACUCGAUUUAAAGGUGAAUUAAGUCACUUGGCAGAUGUUUUUUUGAUUAAAUAAAAGUGAAAUUUAAUGUGAUUUUCACCAAAAAAAAGACAGAUUAGGUUUAGAGUUUUGUUCAUCCUUGCACUCGUGGGCCAAGUUGUCAUUCUCUGAGACUUUGGAGCUACAGUAUUUGUUAUGAUUGUGUUUAACCUCUUGUCUUUCCGUCCUGAUUUUUUUUUUGUAAACGUUGUAACUUUAAAAGGGCUAGAACAUUUCAAAAGCCUUACCUCAAGGAUGUCAUUCAGUGUCAUAAUGAUCCUUUUUUUUUGUGUGUGUGUGACAGAGCUUGAUGGAUCAUGCUAAAACGGUUCAUCUCUUAAUUUAUCUCACGGUGUAUAUACUAUACUCGCAUUAAUCUGCUUUUUCUCAUCAAGGUUAUCAUUUCAUUCAUGCUUACGUGUCUCAUGCCAACUCCUCAUAUCACGUCAUUGUGUCUCAUUUCUCCUCUUUAACUGUGUGCUUGGUUUGAAAUGCUGUGAAUUGGGAAGCUUGUAGAUCGAAGCCGUGAAGCGGUACGGCGGCAAGACCUUUUUGUCCACCGAUUGAAUUCACACUGUGAAGGAGGAGGCCGCUUUUUGUUCUUAAAUGAACAAAAAAAAAAAAGAGUUGUUCAGGUUAGAAAAAUGGCAGGUAGUUACAUUAACGGGAGAGCAUGUGAACACACGAGUGGAUUUCUCCUAAUACAGGUUGUAGUAACAUGAUUGAUUAUUAAAAUGUCAACAAGUCA